CACCUCUGUAGAUAUCAACAAACAAAAUGGCAGCGCACAGAACAUAAAACUAGAUCUAGAUCUCAUAAUUAAUAUAGAUCUCAUAUAAUAGAUCUAGAUCUAAUUCUAAUAAUUACCACUGUCUAAGACUAAGGCUAAAUUAGAUUAGAUCUAGAUAGAUUCUUGAGACAAUUAGUUUUCGCGAGUCACCACUCACAGUAAACUCACACUGGACUCAUCACUCUACUCUAGUACUGUUCUAGAUCUAGAUUCUAGGUCUAGUCCUAGAGUUAGAAACUAGAGACACUUAUUGACUUAAAAUGGCCUCUCAGUCUCACUCUGUUAAAUACACUGCAUUACCAAGUAGUGAUUUUGAUGACUAUGGUCAAGCUUUUGAUUUCUCAUCAAUAUUUUCCUACAAUAAAAACACAAGUUCAAAUGGAUAUCAAAGUCCAAACUUUCGAUCUAUUUUUACGUAUGAAAGGAAUAAUGGAUCAUUGGGAAAACAAGGAAAACAAAAAACAAGACAGCUUAACAGUGACAGGCUUGCUAGAUUCUGUUUACUUUUUGCAUAUUUUGUGAUGUACAUUAUGAUGUUUCCAGUGCUUAUUUGGUUUACUUUAAAGAAAAUCCCAGAAAAUGAGCGACUUGUUGUAUUUAGACUUGGUCAUCUUCUAAAAUCUAAAGGACCAGGCAUUGUCCUGGUGUUUCCUCUCAUUGAUACAUUUCAAAAAGUAAAUAUUGGAUUAAAAGCAUUCAGUGUUCCACCUAAGCAGAUAAUAACUGCAGACAAAAGCAUUAUUGAAGUUGGAGCAGAUAUUUAUUUUCAAAUUGUUGAUGCAGAAAAGUCUGUGACCAACAUCCAAAAUUUAGAUCUUUCCAUCAGAAUUCUUGUGCAGACUGCUCUUUGUAAUCUUCUGGUGCAGAAAAAAUUGCCAGAGAUUGAGGGAGAAAGAAUAGCUAUUGCUAAUGCUGUAAUGGUAAGCAGUAACAAGACAUGUCAGAACUGGGGUGUCACUAUUACAAGAGCCGAACUGUCUCAUAUUAAAGUUCUUCAAGGACCUCCUACAAAGAAGCCAGCUCAGAUGUGCAUGCCUCCUGGAUUAUUUGGUGGCAGUGAUGUCCCUUUCAAUAUUUCUCAGUUAGCUCAACUCAUUACAGAAAACCAAGGUUCAGAUCACACUGAGACCAUUGUUAACUUAUUACAAACUUUUGUUGGAGGUAUAAAACCAGUUGAAGACAAGGCAAAACAAUUACAUGAUUCCAUUGUGCACAAGAAAGAACCAACUGAAACUCAACCUAUAGAAAGUGUCAACAAUGUUGAAUUGUUCCCAGCACUUGAUGUAGAUGGCAUAUUGUUACUCAUUCAAAAAGCUCUGAAUGAAAAUCUUGUACAAAAAGUCAGUGAAACUUUCCAGUUUGACGUUUCUGGUUCAGGGACAUAUUAUUUGGAUUUGAAAAAUGGUCAAGGUUCUGUUGGUCAUGGACCAGAUCCCACAGGCCAUCCUUCUGCUGUCUUAAGCUUAAGUUUUGCUGAUCUACAAGCUAUGCUUUUUGGUCAACUCAAACCUUUCCAUGCAUACAUGAGUGGCAGACUUAAAGUUGCUGGGGACACAGCUGCAGCUUUAAAAUUGGAAGAACUAGGAUUAAGGAUACAACAUCUUACAAAUAAAAAUAUACCAUGUUAAAUUUGUAUAAUAUUUUUAGUUGUGAUAUCUUUAGAUUUUAUUUUUUUCUCUCAAAUCUGUGAUAAAAUAUAUUUUCUAGUUGGAAUAAGUUCCUGUUUGAUAGCAGAGGUGUGCAGCUAAAGCUAUUGAUUUGUAGGUUUAAAUCUUUCAUGUCAUAGGUACAGAAAGAAAUAGUGUCUACCUUUGCUGUUGUUACUGUUUAUACAAUUGAUUCAUGCUAUUUUUUUAUUUCACUUUUUUAUUUUUUCUAUACAUUUUGUAAGCAUAAUUAGUUUAAUACUGGAGGGUUGUUUAUUUUUAAGUAGUUUCUUAUCAAGCUAUUUCAUGUAAUUGCAUUUGUUUUUACAAUUCCUCUAUUCAACUCAUAUCUUCAUGUAACCUUCUUGGAAAAACCUGGACACAGAUCUCAAAAACAGCUCUAAGGAUUUUCUUUGAGAAAAGAAUUACUAGCUCAUUAGCCACCCUGGGAAAACUCUAGUUUGACUUAUAAUUUUUCAAAGUAUAAAAAGAAAUUCUAAUUUUGCUAGAAACUAGAAAAUAUUUUUCUUGUUUGGACUAGAAUCUAUAUGUCUUUGGGUAUUUCCACAUUCAUUCAAGAGUUUAAUAAAUUAAUGUUUGGGAUUAUUUUGGGCACCAUAUUCUAAAUCUAUAUUAGAGGUCUAUCCAUGGUUUCAUUGUCUAUCAUUGGAGUAUUAUAAAGUCUAGUAGAUCUAUAUAUUCACUUAACUAGGAUUCUUUCUUGGGUUGUAGGUAGAGAGGGAUAAAUCAGGGGAAACAAUUUUUUUAUAUCUAACAUUCAUUAGUUAUUAAGAGAAAAAUAAGUACUCUAUAAGUUGUAUAAAGGAGGUAUUGCUUUUUUUAAAAAGCAUUAAAAAAAAAAUCUUGUUUAUUGUCAUGAAAUAUUGAUUGUGAUUUAAAACAAUAAAAAAAUUUCAUUUUCCAAUUUAUUUCUGAUAAUUCAUGUUUCAUUUUCUUGUAAAUUUUUUUUGGCAUCUAGUUUUUUAGUGAGUGGUUCCAAUAACAGAAUAAAAACACUCAAAUAAGCUGCCACACCCACAUAGUGCAAGGAAGUAUUGAAAGAUCCACUCAGUUCCAUGAUGCUGCCUGUCAAAUAAAACAAUCAUGUCAUUAUUGUAAUUGCUGUCAGGUUGGUGUUAGAGGCAUCUCUGUUUCUUUUUGUUAUACCUCUCCAACUAACUCUCUUAAGUUUGUAGAAUGCCUGAAUAAAUAAAAGUGUAUGUUCUAAGCUUGGGUAGAAUAAUUUGCUUGUAUGCAUGAGUAAAAUACAAAACAGGUUGCUUUUUUUAUAUGGGGGGGGGGGCAAUACUAACAAUACAUGUAUCUAGAGUUGACAUAAAGCAUGUGGUCUAGGGUAAAAUACUUUGUUUAUCUACAGUUAUAAUCAAGUCUUAAUUGAAUACAUAUCUGAAAAUUAAUCUUAUGCUGAAUAUAGGAAUAAAAGUCAUUGAUCGUGACACUUACUUAACAAUGGAUGGUGCACAGCCAUAGUAAGUGUUGAUACCAUUGUUUGGAAGCCCAGUGCUUGAACAUAGCGUUCUUUUCCCAUAAACUGAAGACAAAUCAAAGUUCCUAAACUCUGCCUCAAUCCACCAAACAGUCCUAUGAUAACUGCUAGCACCAUCAAGGACUCAAAAGAUGUGUAGAAAUGUGUAAAGUGACAAGUUGUGCCUAGGAGCAAAUGAUAUUAGGAAAAGAAGAAACCUGUUAUAUGGACAUUGUAUAUAUUACAUGAAAAAAACAUUGAAAUAAAUGUUUCUAUGUAUCUUU